CUCUCUGUGACUUGCAAGAAGACGGCUAUCCAGGACACUCCGAACCAACGGAUGGCUGUCAUUAAUGCCCCCUGUAUCAUCGGAGCUCCGCUGCUGAGAAGACGGCGAUGUGACUACCGGAAGCCCAUUUCCGCACGAUCUUUGGCUCUGGUAUAGGCCGCCUAUGCAAUCAAUGGCGCACAACCUUCUUACAUACCGCCGUAAUCCGUGCGGAACAUAUAUGCGCCGAAAAACGAAGCGUGUUCAGUCAUUGACGUGCCUUCAAGACCCACCAGCAGGGUGGGCCCCCGUCUACGACACCCGAAGAGGAGAACAGAGGAGCAAGUCGCGGGGACAUGCACGACUACCUGGUGGCGGCCUGUACAAUCCUCGCAGCUUGGCCUCUGGCUCUCGCGCAUAUAUAAAAGACACCAUCUGAGGCCUCAAUACCAACCAAAGCUUUAGUUUCUCUCCGCAAAGACGUCUAAUCGUCCUGUGGGACAGUAUUACUUGUGCCAUUCAGGAGACUUUGAAGAAUAUCAUGCGCUUCCUGCACACGCGGACGGGACGGUUCUGCUGGGUCGAUGAUCCGAAAGAAACGCCCUUCGCCAUCCUUUCGCACGUCUGGAUCAAGAAUCCG